ACCUCCACCCUCCCCGCUUGAAAUUUGCCAUCGAUCUCGUUCCUCGCCUCCAGAUUCACAAUUCAUUCCGCGCACGCCUUUCCACCAUUUGACCCUGAGCCCCGAGCCCCGAGCUAUCGGUCUGUUGGGUUCCCACCCUCCCCUCGCUUCGGUCGGUGUCAUCAGCGUCGAGAUGGCGUUGGCGAACGUGAAUUGGUGAACAGUCGCUGAACCCACUUUCUGGUCGGACUCGGAAUUUGAUUUGAUUGAUCGCAUUCACUGAUUGCGAGAGUGAUCGAGUGAUAGAGUCGGUGCGUGAGUGCAUGGUUGGUGGGAGCGGGGUCGAGGCGCGAGUCGAAUUUCAUAAUUCAAUGCGAUACGGAUUAGGACUGGGAGGAGGAGGAGGAGGAGGCGGCGGCGGAGACAGCUAUGGGGAACCCGGACUAUUGCAUGAAGCUGCUGCUGAUCGGGGAUAGCGGAGUUGGCAAGAGCUGCCUGCUGUUACGACUCUGCGACGACUCAUUCUCGAAGAGUUUCAUCACCACCAUCGGCAUCGACUUCAAGGUGAAGACCAUAGAUUUAGAGGGCAAGCGCGUGCGGCUGCAGAUCUGGGACACGGCCGGGCAAGAGCGCUUCCGGACCAUCACCACGGCGUAUUAUCGGGGGGCGAUGGGAAUCCUGCUGGUCUACGACAUCACGGACCAAGCCUCGUUCUCCAACAUCCGCAAUUGGAUUGGCAGCAUCGCCGAGUACGCGUCCGAGAAUGUGAACGUGAUUCUGGUCGGCAACAAGGUGGACAUGGACGAGACCAACCGCAAGGUCGAGACCGCCGAAGGCCAGGCCCUGGCCGACGAGUUCCAGAUUAAGUUCUUCGAAACGAGCGCCAAGACGAACACGAACGUGCACGAGGUGUUCGCCUCCAUCGCUCUGGAUAUUAAGCAACGCCUCGAGCCCCAAACGAACCAGCCGAGAACCCAUUCCGACUAUAGCAGGCAAUUCGAGCCGAGGCAGGUGCAGCAAUCCUCUGGCUGCUGCGGUGCCUCGUAAGCCAGCCAGCCAGCCAGCCAGCCGGCCAGACAAACAAACGAACGAACACAGAUGCUUGGCUUUUGGGCGGCAGCCUUGAUUUGGAUGUUUAGGUAUGUGUAAAGCUUCGAGAAAUUCCAGAGGAUGGAAAUUCCGCUGGGAUGCUCGGACAGUCAUCGAGGAGGAGCAGGAGGAGGAGGAGGACGACGACGAUGAAGAAGAUGUUGCUGAGAUCGGACCGGGCUAAAGUUAGGCUGGUCGCUGCCGGGCCAUAGACAGAGGCAAAUUGCAGAUCCGGAGAAGGCGAGGACGAGGACGAGAUGAAGGGUCGCACAUAUCGUAUAAUCAGAAAACUACACAUAUGUCAAAAAUUAUAUUCCAGCUCAUGUGGGUCGACACUUGAUGAACAGAAUGAUCUGAGGACUCGUACACAUGCAAAGGCUUCAGAUUAAGUAUCCUGUACUCGAAGGCCAUGGAUGUGCCCCCGAGAGUCGGCUUGGACUGCCACAAGAGGGAUCCCAGCAACUUGUUCACAUGUUUCAGGACUCUAAUCUAGGAGACGUACUCUGGUGGAAUGUUAGCAGGCAUGAUGCGGUGAAACUUCAUUUGAAUGCACAGCUCCUCAUGGAAGUUCACGCAGGAUGAUGACGAGCGUUCCAAUAUUGUCAGAAGCGCGUGCGCGGGACCUUGCUUGGGAGCAUUUGAACUCGAAUGUUCAUGACUAGAUAGCAACGGCGUCAAUUUCCAAGAUUUCUGCUAAAUCUCUUGGUGCAUUUGAGGAAAAUCAACAGUAAAGUGCGAUGUAGAGAUGUAAUGUCCACGCUGACAUAACUGACCUCACCAGGCAGAGUGUUGUGGUUGUGUUGUUAGUGUCCGAGCGGGGCUAACAGUAGCAUUAUGUUUAUGAUGCUAACCUUAUGCAUCUAUUUAAUGUUGAUGUCUCUUCAAUA